UUUUUUUCUUUUUUUUUUUUUUUUGCUUCCUCUUCUUCCUUGUAACUAAAAUAAAUCAUCUUAAAUUUCUUGUUCUCUCUUGUUCUUUUUCUAUUUUUUUUUUCGCUUCAUAUUUUCAUUAUACAGCCCCUUCGAGACGGACCGCAAGUCUCGCCGAGGAGCCAAUGAGCCCAGCGGUUCAUCCGCUGUCUCCCACGAGCAGCCUACCGCCUCUACAUUCUCUGACCACGCUCAACAAGGAACAGGUCUUCUCGUCCCUGGACAAUCUAAAUGAUCUCUACUGUCCCGUUUCCCUAACACGGGCUAUCAAAUCCCAACUCCAGGUCAAAAAGUCACCACCCGAUGUGCCAGCGCAGCAGGUUGACUCUGGCUACGUGUCCGAGGAUGAGGACGAGAGCGAGGUAGACCCGGAAAGCACUGUAGCUGCCAUGCGCGCCGAUGUCUUUGAGCGCAACCAUGCCAUCCGCUGGCUAACCACUCUCAUCGCCCGCACAGACGAGCUUCUCCUUUUGAGCGACGAGGAGCGCGAGCAUGCAGUCGACAAGGCCUCCUACGUGCUUGCAUCCUUCAGCAAAGCGGCCGACGAGGACGAAGAGGAAGACACCGGGAUCACCCGCAGCUUUUCGUUCGAGUUGCAUCUACCUGCUAAAGAAGAAGAAAAGGUUCCCAUCAACGUGCUUCUCCACGACGGACCGCACGCCACCAAAGACCACACCGAUGUCGGCCUGCAAAGCUGGGGUGCGUCCAUCGUCUUUUCCGACCUCUUAUGCGCGUCGCCGGCGCGUUUCGGGUUCGCGAGAGCUUCGCUCGGCUCCUCGCCGCGCAUUAUCGAGCUCGGCGCUGGCACAGGGCUGGCUAGUCUCGCGCUAGCUAAGGUCUUAUCUCACCUGGAUGUUGGCGCCGAGGCGCGAUUGAUCGCAACUGAUUACCAUCCCAUGGUCCUCGCCAAUCUGCGGUCCAACAUCCGGCUUAACCAGGCGAAGGUGGAGACAUGCGCGCUCGACUGGUCUGCUCCCGUCUUCGCAGCGCCGCUCGACGCCCCAGCCGAUGUUCUGGUAGCGACCGAUGUCAUCUACGCGCCUGAGCAUGCGGUGUGGCUGCGUGCCUGCGCAACGCGGUUACUGGCGCGAGAAGGUGUGUUCUGGCUUCUGAUGACCGUCCGUCCGAAUGGUCGCUUCGAAGAGGUGGUGGAUUCCGUCGAAUCUGGGUUUCAGGGGACUGAGCCGAAGACCCCCGAGGGCCGGUACCUGACCAUUCUGGGCCAGGAGUUCGUGGAGAAGCGUCGUGGUGUCGGGCGCGGAGAUGAGAGCGGGUAUAAACUUUUUAGAAUCGGAUGGGCUUUAGACGAAUGACUGCCUCAGACGCCUUGGGUAGGUAGAUAGGUACCUAGGGAUGACAUAGAAUCGGACAUGGAUGACGCAUAACGACAGCAUAGACUUGGUACAUAACGGGAGAAAGGAAAGGCGUACGGUAGAUACCACCAAGAAUUUCUAGACACAUAAUUGACUCGGAGAUAUAGACUUGUUGAUAUAAACUUGCC